AUGGAGUGGGACUGGGAUCCGCAGGAGGAAGAUCUCCGCUCCGUGGGGGUGCUCGGGGUGUACCGCCACUGCUUCCUCGUCGUCCGCGCCCGCCGCAGGAUCGUCGCCAGAGUCGCGCUCUGCCACGGCCUCCCGCUCUCCGUCCUCUUCCUCGCCAACGUCGCCGUCGCCCACGCCAUCUUCUCCCGCUACGUCCCCGACGACGACGCCUUCGAGGCCGCCGCGCCGGCCGGCACCGCGCUCGCGGCGCUCCUCUUCUUGCUCCGCGGCUCCGCGGACUGGGUCGCCUACCUCCUCUUCAAGGCCGCCUACCUCUCCGCUCUCCUCGCCCUGUCGCUCGCCUCCACCGCCGCCGUCGUCUCCUGCGUCGCCUCCCUCUACUCCGCCGCCAAGUACGACGACCUCUACCUCCGCCGCGGCAUCCGCGCCUUCCCGCUGGCCUGGAUCAGGCGCCUCGUGGACACCUUCCUCGCCGCCUUUGUGCUCCUCCUCCUCUACAACGGCGUCUCCAUCGCCGUGCUCGUGCUGACCGUCCUGCUGCUCUACAGCCACCAUGGCACCCUCCUCGCGUCCCUGCUGCUGCUCGGCGGGGCCGUGUACCUCGCCGGCUUGGUGUACAUCGGCGUCGUGUGGCACCUGGCCAGCGUGGUGUCGGUGCUGGAGGACGCGCGCGGGGCCGCCGCCAUGCGCAAGAGCCGCGCACUCCUCGCCGGAAAGCUCUGGACGGUGGCCGCCAUCUUCGCGAAGCUGAGCGGCCUCUCCUUCGCGGUGGAGAUGGCCUUCAGGGUGGUGGUGGUGGAGGACAAGAUGAGGCUCGGCCUCGGGGACAGGGCGCUCCUCGGGAUGGCGAUGGCGGCGACGCUGUGCGCGGUGAUCAUGGUGGCGCUGGUGGCCCAGGCGGUGGUGUAUUUCGUCUGCAAGAGCUACCACCGCGAGGUCGUCGACAAGGCCCACCUCUCCGACCACCUCGGCGUCUACCUCGGCGAGUACGAGCCACUGGACAGCAGCAAUGGAGGAGGAAGAGGUGUGCAGAUGGAGCAGCUGCCAUGA